UUAUGAUUGUGUGUGAGAGUGAGGGUGAGACAGAUCUGAAGCUGAACUCAUACCUCCCUCUCUUCACUGGAUAAUAUUAGUGUUUUUAUGGUACUGGGUCUCAGGCGAUGGGUGUGAUGGAGGAUCUUUUUCUGGUACAGUCGAGCAGCACGGUGGUUUUACUGGGAGUGCUGCUGCUUCUCCUCCUUUACCUCCUUUCUUCUGGAUCCGAGUCUCCAAAAGAGGGACAGGAGCCUCCAGGGCCGAGACCGCUGCCCAUCCUGGGAAAUCUGCUGCAGCUCAACCUCAAGACUCUUCAUCUGAGCCUGUGUGACCUCUCAAAGAAAUAUGGCCCAGUCUUCAAGAUACAUCUUGGACCCAAAAAAAUCAUAGUCCUGGCCGGAUACAAGACGGUAAAGCAGGCGCUGGUGAACUGCGCUGAAGAGUUCGGAGAGAGGGACAUCUUACCUGUAUUCCACGAUAUUAUGAAGAAGCUUGGAAUCCUGUGGGCGAAUGGAGAGAACUGGAAGGUGAUGAGGCGUUUCACCCUCACCGCUCUGAGAGAUCUGGGGAUGGGUAAAAGAGGGGUGGAGGAGAAAAUUAUAGAAGAGAUUCAGCACCUGAAAGCAGUGUUUAAAAGUUUUGAUGGAAAACCAUUCGAUGCAACUCAAACAGUCAACGUCGCUAUCUCCAACGUCAUCUGUGCCAUCAUCUACGGCAGCAGAUUCGACUAUGAGGAUCCUUUAUUUAAGGCAAUGGUCCAGAGGUCCAAUGAGAACAUGAAGAAUGCUGGCUCUGUUCCAAUACAGCUCUACAACGUGUUUCCCAAACUGUUUAAAAACAGUAAGACGUGGAUGAAGGUUAUGGAGAACCACAGAAUUAAUAGAUGUGAAAUGAAGCAGCUGAUGAUGGGUCUGAAGGACAGUCUGAACGUGGAGGACUGCCGGGGCUUCAUCGAUUACUUCUACAUCUGUAAGGCAUCAGGGGAGAACAGUGUUCACUUCCAUGAGGAAAAUCUUCUGGCCACUGUCUCCAACCUGUUCAUCGCUGGAACCGAUACUACAAGUACAACCAUCCGCUGGGGUCUGCAGUAUAUGGCCAAAUACCCUCAGAUCCAGGAGCGGGUCCAGCAGGAGAUCGAUCGAGUGAUUGGAGAUCGUCAACCCAAAGUCCAGGACAGGAAGAAUUUACCGUACACAGACGCAGUGAUUCACGAAACCCAGAGACUCGCCAACAUCGUACCCAUGAGUCUCCCUCACGUCACCAGCUGCGACGUCACCUUCAACGGAUAUUUCAUCAAAAAAGGAACCUCAGUGAUGCCCCUGCUGUCCUCAGUCUUGUGGGAUGAGAGCGAAUGGGAGACGCCCAAAAGCUUCAACCCGGCUCACUUCCUCGACGCGGACGGUCGAUUUGUUAAUAGAGACGCCUUUAUGCCCUUUUCUGCAGGGCGCAGGGUGUGUCUGGGGGAGAGUCUGGCGAGGAUGGAGCUCUUCCUCUUCUUCACCUCCCUCCUCCAACACUUCCGCUUCACUCCUCCACCAGGCCUGACAGAGGGUCAGCUGGACCUCACGCCAGUGGUCGGCUUCACGCUGAACCCGGCCAAUCAGGGGCUCUGUGCCGUGCCCAGAAUCUGACUUCUGAAUCUGAUGCUGUGUUCAGACUGCAGAUGAAUCUGAAUUGUUUGUGUUGAGAUGCCAUUCACACUGUUAUUUGUGAUCAAGUGAUUGGAUUUACCUGUCUGGACAUCACAAGCGUAUCUACAGGGGUUGCUGUGGUUUGGAGGUCGACUGGCUGAGGAAAAUUAGAGGUCACAACCACGAGUCUACUCUUUAGUGUUGUUGCUCUAAUCUGAAGCUAAAUCGCUUUUGUUCCCAUUCGAUUCCUCUGUGUUUUAAUACCACUGACAGUUGGCUGUGGAUUACUGUAUUUUGUAGUAAGGAAAUUUCAUAAAAUUUUAUAUUAAUACAUUUUAUACUAAAACUAAUGGAUAAAAUCAUAAUAAACAAACAGAUAAAUAAGUAAA